GCGGUUAUUGUUGUAGUGUGAGUCGUUAAACAGUUCAUUUAUUAUUUAACGGUUAUUGUCCAGGAAAAUCUCACGUGACAGGUUAGUUUCUUCAAAGCAAUAUGGCGAAAAGUUUUAUUAGUUUUCAACGUAAGUCUCGUCAUCAAGCAGCAAGCUUUAAGUUUCGCGAAACCUCUGAUCUUCUCAAUGAUUUUCUGGUGGAUUUAAACCAAAUGAACAAAGAUAACCUGGAUGAUUUAACGAAAUACAGUGGAAUAUUUAAACGGAAAAGAUUCGUUGAAUACAUCAUCUUAAUGACUGAAGAGCUGAAACUUGAUCCAGUAGUGGUUCACCAUGCAGUUGAACUCCUGCAGAGGUUUAUGGUCAAGCACAUUGCAGAUAUGCUUGCCACAAUCCCAAUUGAAGGUGCAACUGCUAAUGAGGCACCAAUCUAUGAGGUUUUUGUUCAUCUGAAGGAAAAACUCCCUCUGAUUAUUUUCUCUUGCGUGCAGCUUGCAAGCAAAUACUUGUUACAUCAACCUAUGAUUGAAGCCCCCACUGCGGUGCAGGUACCGCAUUCUCUUGGCCUCAGAGUUUCCAAACAGACCCUCCUGGAAUCAGAGCUGAUGGUUUUUAAAGGCCUUGAAUACAGACUUAAUGUUCUUAAUCCUCUGACGUACGUGGAAGUAAUUCUGGAGGUUCUUGUGCACAAUGAGCCGUCUGUUCCAGUAGAGCACCUCUAUCCCAUCAGCCAUCAUGUCCUCCUGUGUAUCACCCUGGACAAGGCUGCCAUCUUUGAAUCCUUGUUGAGAUUCACCACUCAGUGUAGCAGCCCAUCCAGGGAACAGAGGGAGAAGUUUGUAAAAGUGACUGAAGACCGAAUGCUUCUUGGAGCCGGCGUCAUUGCGGCAGCAACAUACGUCUCCUGUAUUAGAAAAAUGCAACAGGUAGUCGGUGAACUGAGCCACCUCACAGGAAUCUCCAGAAGAAGCAUCAUGGAUCUUGCCCUUGUGAUAUUAGGUCACAUUACUGGAACCAUUUCUGAAAUGUAAACCAGGAAAAACACAA